UCUACCAAUUAUGCCAGCGAAGAAGAAAAUUGGAGCAGGAUGAAGGAUUAGCGAUAAUAGUUUUCCCCUCAUAUGCUCUUUAUUGUGGACUUAUUUGUACAAAAAUGAAAUUGUACUGUCUGUCUGGCCAUCCUACAUUGCCCUGCAAUGUCCUCAAAUUUAAAUCGACCACCAUCAUGCUCGAUUGUGGACUUGAUACCACGUCUGUCCUCAACUUCUUGCCCCUUCCCCUCGUGCACAGCCCAAGGCUCUCAAAGCUGCCUGGUUGGAGCGCUAAAGACGGAACCUUAAACUUGGAAAAGGAGCUGAAAGAGUGCGCAGGCAGAGUGUUUGUGGAUUCACAGCCAGAGUUCUGUCUCCCAGAGAGGGAACUACUAGAUCUGUCAACGAUCGAUGUCAUCUUGAUCUCCAACUACCACUGUAUGAUGGCCCUGCCCUACAUCACAGAAAACACAGGCUUCACUGGCACAGUGUAUGCAACAGAGCCCACCCUGCAGAUUGGAAGACUGCUGAUGGAAGAGCUGGUGAAGUUCAUGGAGAGAGUUCCUAAAGCUCAGUCUGCCAUCUCCUGGAAGAAAAAGGAAAUACAAAGGUUGCUUCCUGGACCGCUGAAGGAUGCAGUUGAUGUUUGGACAUGGAAGCGAAGCUACGGUAUGCAGGAGGUCAACUCUGCCUUGAGCAAAGUGCAGCUUGUGGGUUAUUCACAGAAAGUGGAGUUGUUUGGAGCAGUACAGAUCUCCCCAUUAAGCUCUGGCUACUCCUUGGGUAGCUCCAACUGGAUCAUCCAGUCUCAUCAUGAGAAAGUUUCUUACGUGUCCGGGUCGUCCCUCCUCACCACACACCCGCAGCCGAUGGACCAAAGUUCCCUGAAGAACAGUGAUGUUCUCAUUCUGACAGGCCUCACCCAGAUGCCCACUGCCAACCCAGAUGGCAUGCUGGGAGAAUUUUGCAGCAAUCUAGCCAUGACAAUUCGCGCCGGAGGCAAUGUGCUCGUGCCAUGCUACUCUUCCGGGGUGAUUUAUGACCUGCUGGAGUGUCUGUACCAGUUCAUCGACAGCGCCAACCUGGGUACUACUCCCUUCUACUUUAUCUCCCCUGUCGCCAACAGCUCCCUGGAGUUCUCACAAAUCUUUGCUGAGUGGCUCUGUCACAACAAGCAGUCAAAGGUGUAUCUUCCAGAGCCUCCAUUCCCCCAUGCGGAGCUGAUCCAAAGCAACAAGCUGAAGCACUACCCCAGCAUUCACGGUGACUUUAGCAGUGACUUCCGCCAACCGUGCGUGGUGUUCACUGGCCACCCCUCACUGCGCUUUGGAGACGUGGUCCACUUCAUGGAGCUGUGGGGCAAAUCCAGCCUCAACACCAUCAUCUUCACGGAACCUGACUUCUCCUACUUGGAUGCUUUGGCCCCCUACCAGCCACUAGCCAUGAAGUGCGUUUACUGUCCCAUUGACACACGUCUUAACUUCCACCAAGUGUCAAAGCUGCUCAAGGAGGUUCAGCCCGUCCACGUGGUAUGUCCCGAGCAGUACACCCAGCCUCCAAUGACCCAGUCUCAUCGCUCUGAUCUGAUGCUGGAGCUGCAGCCCCCUCCCAUGCCCUACAGGCGCUGUUCCGUGCUCAGCCUGCCUUUCAGACGCCGUUACGAGCGUGUCUAUAUUCUACCUGAGUUGGCCAACUCCCUGGUGCCCUCUGAGGUCAAACCUGGCAUCUCUGUGGCAACCGUGUCGGCCAUGUUGCACUCGAAGGACAACAAGCACACGCUGUUGUCAGUUCCCAAGCCUCCUCCAGCCCCCCCUACCAAGAAGAGGAAGCGGGUAAUGGAGGAGCCCCCAGCGGGUCAGUCGCCCAAACCCCUCCUCAGUGGCGUUGUACCCAUUGAAGCCUUCCUUGCCACUCUGCAAAAGCACGGCAUUACAGAGGUAAAAGUGGAGGAGACGGCAGACGGACACAUCCUACACUUGCAGGCGGAGGACACGCUGAUUCAGCUGGAGGAGGACGGCACACACAUUGUGUGCGACAACAACGAGCCUCUACGCACGACACUGCGAGACCUCGUGCUGCGCUUCCUGCAGAAAAUCUGAACUGUUACUCAGCAAUGUGACCCUGGAAAUGUAGUGUCUUUGCUGUAAAGCCCAUACAGAUAUAUUUUGUAAAAUAGUAUUUUGUAUUAAAUAACUUUUUGAUAAGCUUGUUUUGAUGCAUUUGUAGCUGCUGCAUUGCUC